AUGCGGCACACAUCGAGAAGACUUCUGCCUUCACUUUUCCAAUCCCUACCCCUCCUACUCAUCUUAUUACUCCGGCUCGCCCAGGCGACUUCCGACGUUGGCGGCUCCGAAUACGAGGCAGAUGACGUGCAACCGCCCGUCAGCAAUCAUGCUCCAGUGCUUCAGGUAUCCGCCACGGAGGGCUUCCUAGCCGAAACUGCCGAAAUUGGCACAACAGUCCGGGUGGCCGCCUCGAUGCACUCGGACUCGCUGCAGAUCCUCGUUCAUGACGAUGACUUGAAAGCUGGGAUGCCCCCGGCUACGUACCAGUACAUCCUCACGGGGCUCGGAGCGACAAUUUUCGCCGUUGACCAGCGGGGUUAUGUUUAUCUGAACGUGCCCGAGAUCGACGCCGACCCGCCCAAUCCCAGCACCUAUCAAUUAAACGUGCAAGCACGCGAGGUCGGCACCCAGCCAAUCCGUUCGAGUCAACCGGUCACCCUGACCAUCCACAUCAUGGACGUCAACGACAAUUCGCCGGUUUUCGACCAGCCUAUUUACAUGGCCAACGUCACGGCUUCUGGUGCCGAGCGGCCGGUCAUCAAGAUCCACGCCACCGACAUCGACGCGGGAAAAUUCGGAGAGGUUUCCUUCAAGAUUACCCAGGUGACGAAUGGAGCCGACGGAAACUUCCGACUAGACGAAGAGACCGAGACGCUAAUGGCUAACGGAGAUCUGGUGCCCGGCGAGCGAUAUCAGGUGGUCGUUGAGGCGAAAGACGGUGGUGGUAGAGCUUCACAAGCAAUCGUAAUUGUGCUGGCUACGGAUCCGGCUGUACGAUAUACGUCGGCACCACUACCAGGCAUGGAAACGUAUACGGCGCCCCCGUCGUACGGUAUCACCACCGCGUGGGCAGCGGCCGCGGCACCAAUUCAAAGCAACGCCGAGGAAACGAUCCAGACGUUCGUCACCGAAGUGAACGAGAACACCCCGCCGAACACCGUUGUCUUGACGCUCGGGGACGAAACGUCGAACCGGCUCGUCUACUACAAUAUUGAUGGCGGCAACGAGGAGGGAAAGUUCCGCAUCGAUCCCGCAUCCGGCACCAUUUCAACGCUGGAAGAGUUCGACCGUGAGCGGACGGCAAUGUACUCGCUGCAGAUCGAGACGAGAAGCCGGGCUCCGGACCAACACCUCUAUUGGACGUUGAUUCAGAUUGCAAUCUUGGAUGUCAACGACAACUCACCGCACUUUGUGGGCGCCCAGCCGUUCCGCCUUCGGUUGUCCAUCGACGAUAUUGAGGAGCUGGCGCCGAAUAUGUUGAUUGGAAAGGUUUCGGUGGAAGAUCCAGAUGAGGGCGAGAACGGCCGUCUGGCCCUCUCCAUCCAGCCGCCGAUGAACCGUUUAUUCAAAGUAUCCCACGACGGCUUGAUUUCGGUCAAUGGCGACUUCACCGCAGAGCACUUUGGCGAGCAUAAGCUCUUCGUCGUCGCCCGGGAUCACGGCGAUCCGGCGCGAGAAGCCAAAGCGGAAGCCAUCGUCUCGGUUUUUGGCACGCUAAUUACUGUAGCUACACAGACACCGGUUACGAAUGGCGCCAGCACCGACGAAUACGUGGAGUACGAGACGGACGGCGUGACGGCCCCAUUCACCCGGCUCACCACCACCCCGCCCACGACACCCGACGAAUACGAAGGCGAGGAGGCCGACCAGAUUGCCGACAACGGCGUGCACACGUUCAAGUCAUUCCCUCCGGUGAAGCCGGCCCCGGCUCCGGCCACAGUUGCCCCCGCCCGACUUGCCCCAAUCUUCGACCCGGCCGAGCUGACUGUGUCGGUCGAGGAGAACGGUGGACAGAUGAAGAUUGCCAAGGUCUCGGCUCGCUACAUCGACGGCCAGGUCGGCCCAAUCACGUAUGUGUUGCAGAAGGGAGAUCCGUCGCUCUUCAGCGUCAGCAGCUUCUCGGGCUCCGUCCAAAUUCUACGAGCGCUGGACGCGGAGACCGACGCGCAGUAUCAGAUCCAGAUCGGCACCGCCGAGUCGGCAACAAUGGCCAUUGACCCGACGCUCCGCCACGCGGCGACCCUGACGAUCAACGUGGCCGACGUCAACGAUUGGAUCCCGAACUUCGAGUCGUCCCACUACGACUUUGCCGUCCAGGAGGACACGCUGCCGGGCACCAUCCUCGGCCAAGUGCACGCUUUUGACCAGGAUCGUGAUGCCCCAAAUAACCAAAUCAGCUACCGGCUGCACUCUGCCGGCGGCCUCGACGAGUAUUUCACCGUCAACGAGCAGAACGGGUUGAUCACCCUCGCUCGCCCCGUCGACGCGUUUGCCGAUGAGAAAAUUACGCUGAAAAUCGAGGCCUCUGAUCGCGGGGACCCGGCGCAGACAUCGAUGACCAACGUCGUGGUUACGGUUGAACCGACGCAGUCUGCCGUCAUCCCGGAGGGCCACACUUUCUUGAACAGGCCCAGCGACAAUCAGAUCCAGUUCUCGCUGCGGAAUUACACUUCAUCCGUCUCGGAGUCGGUGCGCCCGCCGCAUCUUGUACAAGUACUCUCGGUGACGAACAAGCCGGAAGACACGAGAUUUGUCAUCUGCCAAAUUGUUUCGGGCAACUAUCGAGGUGCCUUCGGAGUGACGGCCGGCAAUGACGGAAAUUGUGAAUUGAGGACACAGAUGGAGCUGGAUCGCGAAAGCGUUGAACGUUAUUUGCUGAACGUGACGGUGAGCGCGGAUGGGCAGACCGAUUUCGCGCUCGUCUCCGUCACCGUGCUCGACGUGAACGACAACGUGCCGCGCUUCCAGUACGACAACGACCUCGGCAUCUCCACCUAUUUUGCGGGUGUGGCAAGCGAUGCUGGCGCUUUUGCGCGUGUCAUGACGGUUAAGGCGGAAGACGCUGAUCUCGGCAACAGUUCUGUCGUUCAAUACUCGCUGGAUACGCUGGCCGUACACCACAAGUAUUUCAACGUCAGCCAAUAUGGCGAGAUCACGACCCGCCAAAGCAUGCCGGCAAUCCUUCAAAAGCAGCGCAUCAACUUCUUUGAAAUUCGGGUGUCGGCCUGCGAUUCGCCAGUCACUGGGCAAAAGCUGUGCUCGAAAGCCGACGUGGUGAUCAACGUCAUCGGCGAGUCUCAUCGCUUCAAAAUGAUCACGCACGGUCUCAACCCACAACAACUGAAGAGCCACGAGAAGGACAUUAUCCGCGCCCUUCGCCAGUUCGCCGGCGCCUGCACGUUGAUCAGUGUCGAAAAAAUGGCCGAACACACAAAUUCCGCUGAACAACAACCCCGCACCGACAUCUACUUCUACGCCGUCAACCCGACCACCCGCAAAAUUUGCCGCAAAAAUGAAUUCAGGCGGUUAUUCGACCCCUCCUCGGUGUCGAUGAUCGCUGGAAAGGUGCAGCCGUGGUUCCGUCUCGACAAAAUAGCCGAAGAUGCUCCAAAUGACGAUCGAACUCCCGGCGGCCCGCUGGCGGCCAGCUGGAAGGCUGCUGGUUAUGUACUCGUCGCCCUCGCCGCGCUGAUCAUCCUCGGGGCCGCGCUGGCCAUCUGCUGCGUCUGCGUUCAUAACAACAAAUUUAAGGUUUCCCAAAGAUCCAUGCACGCUUACCCGAACCCUUACGCACCGCAUUCCAAAGUGCCUAUGGGGCCGAUGGGCACCAUUUACCUGCCCAACCCGCCGCCGCCCAACAGCAACGCCGACAAGAUUUACGAGACGCAGAUGCUGGAAAUGCCGAUCACUGACGAGGAGAUGACGCUGAAGAGUGUUAGUCGAAACAACACUUCUCAUCAUGAUCAGAGGAGCUUCGGGCAUAUGCCGUACCGGAGUUACGGUAACCACCCGGCGCCCUCUGCGUACGAGGGUGACUUCAGCAUAGAAGAGAACAUGUACGCGAUAAACGUGCCCGGGCGUAUCGACCCCGUUACCAAGCGAAUACAAACCCUGGUUAUCCCGGCACCAGACUACGAUCGUCAGUCCGACCGACACAAAUCUAUGCUA